AUGCCUAUUCGUUCAACGCAAUUGCUAUCUAGUCGGGCCACAACUUCCAGUGGGAUAGAACAUACAUCAGAAAGAGUUGGGAAGCUAUUAACUAAGUUUCGAGCUUUGACAUUUAAUGAGACAUUGAGUGUUAGGCUUGCAAAUCUUGUAAACUAUCGUGAAUCACAUAACAUCGGCAUUGCCUGGUUGGUCACGUUGAGCUAUAUAUUUAGACUUUUGAGUUCAAAGUCACGUUCAACAAAUAUAAUUGCCUGUAAAAACUUACUCAGCCUAACUGAAAACUAA